CCAGCCUUUGGUUCUUUAUCCACUUAUAUCUUUCCCUCGUAACCCUGAUUAUUCUAUAACAAGCUUCUUAUUGGCCUACACAGCCGUGACGUAACAAUCAUAAACCGCUCUCUUAAAGUGAACGAACUUACGUACACGCGCGAACAUGAAAAACCCGAGGAAAGCAUUUCGCAUAUCAGUGUUCCAGAUAGACGCAGUGCCUGGCUGUAUGUCAUCGCCAUAAAACGGUCUGCUAGCGUGUAUACAUACAUACGGUCAUGAUACUUCCCUUCUUGCUCACAAACUCAGUUACCCCCGUCGAAAUUGUGUAAACAUUGGACAGUGGUCAUGGUGACGACUCAUGCACAACGUUCAAGGCGACAAACAACACUAAAUGGAUCAUGAAUUAUUGAUUGUUUACCCAAAUUACGUUCCUAGUUUGGAUAUUGACGUGGAGAGGAUGAUUUCUGUGGAAUAACGGACUUCACUGAACCCAAGGAUAGAUCAAACAAGUUUUGUUUUCAAACUAGUUCCACAUCCCGGUUCCACAUCUUUUUUAGAAUGUGUUUCCAUGUUUACCAGAUCAACGUUUGGCGCAGAUUGUUUAUCAAGACUAUGUUCUGACAUGCUAUGGAGUUUGAAACAUUUCAACCGCGAGGAUUUACAAGUGAAAGACUAAGAAUUUGAAGAUCCUUCUAGCGAUGUUAUUGGAAUAAUUCAAAUAAUAACAGAUUGGCCUAACAGUUCUUCGAUGGGUCGUCUGAUGUAAAGGGUACUCUAUCAGAGGCGAUCAGCGAAUCCUUGCAUUAGUCACGUGAUUCACCUUUUAAGCCAAUCACAAACGACUAUCAGGAUGCAAUCCCUUCCGCUCCCGACCUUUAUCGGAGCAAUGAUGGCUCUUUUGGUUUCCAUGGGAACAACCAACGCGGUAAUUGCCUGGCCAUGUCCCUACCAAUGUGAAUGUGACUCUAGGCUACAAACGGUACGAUGCUCCCUCGUCUACGGGGUCCGCUGGUAUGUAACCCCAACUAAUAUCCCAAGUGAUGUUAGAUCCCUCCACAUAUCUGAUCAAAACAUUUCAUCAGUGACAGCGCUCUCUCUGUCGAACCUCACUAACCUACGUAAACUGGAGAUGGUGCGGAGCAGCAUCCGUGAAUUACAAGACAAUGCCUUGAUAAUGGCGCCUAAACUAAGACGCCUCAACCUGAGCGGGAAUAGUCUAAGAGCCAUGCCACACGCUGUGUCAUCUUUAAGAAUAUUAAAAGAGUUGAUUCUGAGCAACAACUUCAUUUCAGAUCUGAAUCCCUCUGAUUUCGAGAACUUGACGAAACUGAGAGUCUUGGAUUUGAGCAUCAAUAAUAUGUCUAUUUUGCCUCCAGGGUUAUUCCAACCAUUGUAUGAAUUAAGAAGAUUAAACUUAAGUUACAAUGCAAUCAUGUCGAUUGACGAUCAUACCUUCCAGAGCCUUACAAACCUUGAGGAUCUUUCAUUGUCUCAAAAUCGUAUCCAGCAGUUAUCACCAAUAUGGAUGAAUAAUCUUCAAUCUUUGUGGAUUCUUGAAAUGAAUGGCGCCCUCAUCGAACGAUCUCAAGCAGUACACCUUUUACCAGUCAGUGACUACAUCCGAUAUCCUAAUCUCCAGCAGAUCCGUUUAGCAGGCAACAUGAUAUCAGACCUGCCAUGUGACGCUCUUCGAGUCAUGCAUGGCCUGCAGCUUCUUGAUUUGAGCCACAACAAAAUCAAAAUCAUCCCGGAUUUUUGUUUUUACGGAAUGAUAUCUUUGGAAGAACUUCUGCUCAUUUCAAACGAAAUAUAUUUAAUGGAGAGUAAUUCCUUUAGAAAUGUGACACAGUUAUCAACGUUGGACUUGACAUCAAACAGGCUUGAUGAAAUAAUAGAGGGGCUUUUCUAUGAAACAAGCCUGCAGAGUUUGUAUGCAAAUUUAAACAGAUUUCAAGCGUUGACAGAGAUGACGUUUGCGGGAGCAUUUUACCUAAGACAUAUAUUUCUUCGGUAUAACCAAAUAUCUGAGAUUUCACAUCGAGCGUUUUUGUACACGUCGUAUCUGACUACCGUCGAUCUACGUGAUAACGCUCUUCGAAGGAUAGGAUCUGAGUUUACCAACUUAACUGGCUUAACUUUCCUUGCAUUUAGUAGUAACCUGAUUCAUACAGUUCAAACAAAUGCAUUUGAAGGAACGUCGAUAAGCUUGAUCUAUUUGCAUAAUAAUAGCCUGACUACACUGCCCCAGCAAACAUUUUCCUACAUGCCAACGCUAUCCACAAUCACAUUAUCAGGUAACCCUUGGCAUUGUGACUGCAGAGUUCGUUACCUCUGUGAAACCAUUAUCAAUUCUCGUGAUCCGUAUCCUUGGAUGGAAGAUUCAGAAAAUAUGGAGUGUGCUUCACCCAAAUCAUUUCAAGAACAAGAAAUGCAAGCUGUGAAGCCGUUUCAGAUGAUCUGUACGACAUAUGCAUCUGCCUUGGCAAUCCAACUUAUUGUUGGAUUAUCCCUUUCUGCUGUGGCCAUAAGUACAGCUCUGUACGUUGUACAACUCUAUUGCAAAGCAAAGAAGUUGGAGAGGAACGGUGUUGGAGAUGCGGGAAAGUGUCUAGCGUAGCAAGACAAGUAUUCACCUUGGCCAAGAAGUUUGGGACUUUUCCGUUUCUUUGAUUUUGACCGGGGUUUUGACUUCCUUUUAUACGAAUUUUGAAUCCAUGUGAAAUCUUUGAAGAAGGGUGACAUUAAACCUAAGGACAAUUCGAUCACGGCAUGAAUGGUUCUGACUUCUUUAGUUGCGAUGAUCAGAACUCGGCUGAUACUGCUUAAUUCUGUCUUCAUUUCAUAAACUAUCCUUUGUAAAACAAUAGACUGCAUUACAUUAAAAUUGUUAUGUUUAUCAUGUUUACGCUGGAACCGUAAAUACCUUUUUUAGUACAUGUACCAUUUUGUAGUCCUAUACUUACAGACAUUCCAUUUAUGAGUAGAACCUCGUUCCUUGUACUUGAUUUUGUUAAGAAUUUCGUUUAGUUAAGAAUUUUGUUUCGUCCCCAGAAAUAAAUUGGCAACAGUGCUAUUGUAAUAUGCCAUUUGACUGUCAUGACUUUCUCGGCGCUUAGUAAUGGUCACCGGUAUAGAGGUCUACAAAUCUUAUGAUUUAAAACUCCCUGGUAAUAUCGACACUUCCCAUGGCAACACUAUUAAAGAUAUCAAUGUUGAUACGCAUUCUUCAAGAAGUUUUCGUGUGUCACAUGCCGCUGCACUGGGCUACCCUACAUACCGAUAAACCCGCUUGGUGCUUUCGGGUAAUAAGUCUACAUCGCUUUUGGUGGUAUGAAAAGACUGGUAUUGUUGAAAAUGGAAUGAUCGACAAACAACCAUCCAACCAACCCCAAAAGGGAAGACCUCGGUUGUUCCAACAUUUUUCUAAUUUAUUUUGUGUUAAUUAAUUUCCCAAUUUAUGCAUGAAAUUAGGUUCGGCUGUAAAUCCUUAUUUAAAUCUCCUAAUCUGCUUUUAUUUUUUGUCUCGUCUGCAUAGCAGAGCGAGACUAUAGGCGCCGCUUUUCCGACGGCGGUGGCGCGCCGCCACCGCCGCGGUGAUGGCGGCGUCGCGUUGUCGUCAUAGACCAAGUUUAUGAAACUUGGACAUAAAGGGUAAUCAAGUAUAUCUGAACAUCCUGCCUGAGUUUCAGGUCACA